GCACCAUGUAUGUAUCCAACUUGCCUUUUUCCCUGACCAACAAUGACUUAUCCCAGAUAUUCUCCAAGUAUGGCAAAGUUGUAAAGGUUACUAUAAUGAAAGAUAAAGAUACCAGGAAGAGUAAAGGGGUAGCAUUUAUUUUGUUUUUGGAUAAAGACUCUGCACAGAAUUGUACCAGGUCAAUAAAUAACAAACAUUUAUUUGGUAGAGUAAUAAAAGCAAGUAUUGCUAUUGACAAUGGAAGAGCAGCUGAGUUUAUCCAAAGACCAAACUACUUUGAUAAAUCUAACUUUUAUGAAUGUGGGGAAAGUGGACACUUAAGUUAUGCCUGUCCCAAAAAUAUGCUUGGAGAACAUGAACCUCCAAAGAAAAAAGAAAAACAGAAGAAGAAAAUUCCUGAACCAGAAGAAGAAAUUGAAGAAGUAGAAGAGAGUGAAGAUGAAGGUGAAGAUCCUUCUCUUGACAGUCUUAGUCAGGCCAUUGCUUUCCAGCAAGCCAAAAUUGAAGAAGAACAAAAUAAAUGGAAAACCAAUUCAGGAGGUCCCUCAACAUCAGAUGAUUCAAGACGCCCAAGAAUAAAGAAAAGCACGUAUUUCAGUUAUGAGGAAGAACUUAGUGAUUAAAAUUUAUUUAUUAUGUAAAUAUCAUAAA